CAGUGGCUGCCCGCUUGCCGCCCGGCCCGGCCAGGCCCUUCAGUUGACUCGAGGCAAGCGAGAUGACGGCGUGCACGGCGCGCGUGGCGCGCGGCUCGACCCCAUGCCCGUCGGCGCGCACGCCGGCGGCACCCACCGCGGCGCUGGCCGUCGUCGGCGUGGUCCUGCAGCUCGUCCUGCUCGCCGCGUCCUCGGCCGCCACCGUCGCUUCCCCGACCUGGCUGCUCCCGGACACUUCCGGCAUCGACGGUCAGCUCACGGAGACCCUCAACGUCGACAGGUUCUUCGGCCUGUGGCUCGUCUUCAACGACGAGACGCUCAGCCUGUCAGACAAACCCUUCACCAUCCUGGCGCCCAUCAACUCGGCGCUGCCCCCGCUGGCCGAGCCGGGGGCCAUGCGGCGGCUGCUGCUGGACCACGUGGUGCUGGGCAAGCAGCUGGACCUGGACAUUGGCGCCGACCUCCGCUUCGCCACGCUGGGCGGGCACACCGUCAAGGUGCAGAACCACAACGGCACACUCACGGCCAACGGCGCCCGGGUGCUGCGGGCGCGCGUCGAGGUGCCGCGGGGCAUCCUGGUGACCCUCGACAACUACCUGUUCACGCCGCCCUCCGAGGAGGGCUCCACCAGCAGCUCGACGACGCCGGGCCCGCCCAGCCUGGAGGCGGCGGCCACCGCGACGACGGCCCCCAAGGCCAACGCCAGCACGGUCGCGGCCACGACGACGACAACAACGGCCGCCGCGUCCACCACCACCUCAGAAGCCGAUACAGUGCCGCCAGCGCUGCCAACGGCCGCCGCGCAUGUUGCGCCGCCCGAACCCAAGCCGCUGUCUGGCUUCCUCCGCGACGUCACGGAGGUGCUGUCAUUCCUCAAGAGCGGCACGCGCGUCUUUCAGCACUUGCUGUCGCGCGCCCAGGUCAAUGUGAGCCGGAUGCUGACCGACGACGGCCAGUACACUCUGCUGGUGCCCACGGACCUGGCGUUCCAACGCUGGCACCCCAUUGACUGGGGCUUCUACCCUUUCUCGGUGGCCGAGUUUAGUGAGAGCGUCGUCGUGAACCACUUCCUCAAGACCGACCUGCGCGCCGAUGACCUAAAGGACGGCCAGGUGGCGCUCUCCCUUGAAGGCAGGGAAGUGGUGUUCGCACGAAAACCCAACUUGACGGUAAACGGAGUGCAGGUUGUGGGUGGCGAUACGCCGGUGGCUCACGGCAACAUUCUGCUCAUCAACGAGGUCCUGUUCGUGACGGAGGAGGUGGUCGCCCGCCUGCACGAGAACAACCGUGACAAGGAGACGCCACCGCUGCUUGCGUUCCCGUGGAUCGGAGCCCAAUUCCUGAGCCACGCGUUCCUCGCCCUGGAGGAAGCUGGCAAGGGCUUCGAGCACGCUACCCGCUUCCUUAACAUGGCCGAUCUGGCCCCACACGUCCCCGGCACGGGCUACACUUUCUUCGUGCCGACAGACGAAGCUUUCGAGCGGCUUGGACUCGGCUCUGCGGACGACAGCUACCUGGCGACUGGACCUGGCCUCGACCUUCUGCUGAACCAUUUCGUGGCCAAGAGGCUCUACGCCCGAGACCUGCAGAAUGGCAGCACUUUCACUACUCUGGGCAACAAGACCAUCACCAUCAGCAGAAACCAUGGUUCGAUUUCCAUCAACAAUGCAAGAGUGGUGAAGAGCGAGGUGUUUGUUUACAAUCUUGGCACCAUGUUCUACAUAGAUCAUGUUUUGUUCAGUGAGGAUGGUCUUCCCCCAAGAGGUCACCAAGGUUCUAGCUCAGCAGGACCAUUCCAUGUUACUACAGAGAUUCCAGAAGAGGUGGAAACCAUUCCAGUUGAACUGAAUUUAGAAACUGGCGAUGGAAAAAUUCAAGAUGAUGAUCCAGACCGAGAACCAACAACAAGUGGUCCUGAAGCAGCUGCCAAGACGAUAGAGGAUCCUUGAAGCAUUUCACUAUUGACUAUAUUGGCAACAAUUAUCCUCGAGAGACUUGAAAUGUUCAUUGGGAGUACAGAUUCUAUCUAAAAUAUUGGAUGAACAUCUCAAAGUGGAAUUCUUAAUUUAAAGAUAACCAAAGGCUGUCAUGAAAGACAACAAAAGAUUUUUUUCGUCUAUAAUAGUUUCAAUGAAACAUGGACUCGGUGAUGAUGAUCAUGAUGGUGAUAAGAGGAAGGAAAAGAAUAAAUUAGUGUAUCUCUUGUUGCUGAAAUUAGUUAGUUACUAGCAAGAGCUAUUAGAGUUAGAACAGAGGAACAAAUGCUUAUGAGAACUGUAAUAUCAUAAUGUGGGUUUUCCUUGAUGUUAUGCUAUUUGAAACUAGAGGGAGCUAGCCAAUAGAUGGCAUUACAUCAUAGCAAAAUAUUAUUGUCAAAUGAAGAAGAUGCUGACUUGCUUUUUACCAUAUCAAAGCUCAUAUCAAAGAUUUAUUCAGUUCUUUCUAAAGUUUUAAAUUUUACUGCACCUUAUCUAUUGAGCAAAAGUUUAGCUUUUCUUCCUUUAAAAAUUUAUUCCCCGACAAACUACUGUAGCUCCUAAAAAAUUUGAUGAUUUUUGAAGAUCUCAAAAGUGAAGAGAAUUUGUUUAGGAUAUAAUGUACUUGAAAAGAAUUACAUCUUUUCCAUUUUGUAGUAUUUUUAACUCAGUAAUUUUUAUUUGUAUGUUUACAGUUAUGUGAUCCUCGUGUAUAAGUAUGUAUCAGACAAUUUUCCAUUAGAUUUAUGAAACACAUCAUAUUCCACAUUUAUCAUAAUGAAUCUUUGAUGCAAGAUUUCUAUUACAGAAUAAAAUAUUUUGAAAAAGUAGGAGUGCCAAAAUUAAAGAAAUGAAGAUUAUAUACAGAAGGCAGAAUGUUAUGAACUGAAUCUUACACAGCAAAACAUGUUAAGUCAUAGCUAAAGAGGAAAGAUUUACCCAGCAAACCUCUAUUAAUAACUUUCCUUCCUUCAGCAUCUUUAAUUGCCAUUAAAUUUUAGAUUUAAUUAGGACCAGAAAGGUAUACCAGAAAGUAACAUAUCAGUGAUGAAGCAUAUUACCUUGCUGCCUUUACUUAAGGAAGAUGAAACUGAGCACAAUUGACAAGAAAACAUGUCUAGAAAACAACUAAAAGGAUUUUGAACAAAGUUGUAUGUCAUGUACAUAGCUAUUCCAUUGUGAUAUUUACUGUUUUCCAUAUUUGUACAAAUUCAUUUGAAUUCAUUAAAUGUGUGAUCAGUGAACAAA